CCCUCGCUGUGCAGUAAACCCCAAACAGACUGAGCUAAUGGCAGCUCUCUGAAAACCCCAGUCUGUGUCGUUUCUGUCAGGAUGGCCGUGGAUUCAUUAUCUCCUGAUUGGGAGUUUGAUCGCUUUGAUGAUGGGUCACAAAAAAUUCACACAGAAGUGCAGGUUAAAAACUAUGAGAAGUUCUUGGAGGAAUACUCCGCUCAGCUUCAGGGUAUUCAAGAAGCAUUGGACGACUCUGUCGGAGAUGUAUGGGACUUCACUCUGGACCCCAUCGCUUUGAAGCUACUGCCUUGUGAACAGUCCUCACUGUUGGAGCUUAUCAAGACAGAUAAUAAGGUGCUUAAUAAAGUUAUCACAGUGUAUGCAGCUCUCUGCUGUGAAGUUAAAAAGCUGAAAUAUGAGGCUGAAACCAAGUUCUACAAUGGCUUGUUGUAUUAUGGUGAAGGAGUGUCAGACAAUAGUGUGGUGGAGGGAGAGUCUCAGAUUCAGAUGGGCCGCUUCAUUUCUUUCUUACAGGAGCUGUCUUGCUUUGUGUCACGCUGCUUCGAAGUGGUGGUCAACAUGGUUCACCAGCUGGCUGCUUUGUACAACAGCAACAAGAGUGCAACAAAAAUCAUUGAGUCCACAGGUGUGCACUUUCAGACAGUGUACGAGCACCUGGGAGAACUUCUGGUGGUCCUCAUCACCCUGGACGAGAUCAUGGAGAACCACGCCACACUGAAAGAUCACUGGAAGAUGUACAAAAGGUUACUGAAAUCUGUCCAUCAUAACCCAGCUAAGUUUGCCAUUCCAGAGGAGAAACUAAAACCCUUUGAGAAGCUUUUACUGAAGCUAGAGGGGCAACUGUUGGACAGCAUGAUUUUCCAGGCCUGUGUGGAGCAGAGGUUUGAUGACCCAGGAGAAGGUGUAUCGGUUUCUAAAAACAGUGCCUUUGCAGAGGAAUUUGCGUACAAUAUCAGAACCAUUUUUGCCAACGUCGAAUCAAAGCUUGGAGAGCCGUCAGAGAUUGAUCAGCGUGAUAAAUAUACAGGCGUGUGUGGCCUCUUUGUGCUACACUUCCAUAUCUUCAGGACUGUGGACAAGAAGAUCUACAAAUCCCUGCUGGAUGUGUGUAAGAAGGUCCCUGCAGUGACAUUAGCAGCGAAUAUAAUCUGGUUUCCAGACACAUUUCUGAUAAACAAAGUCCCUGCAGCAGCUAAACUGAUGGACAAGAAGAGCAUCCAGAGCAUCCGGAGCAGCAAGGAUUCAUUCCUUCAGCAAAAGGCGCAGACACUAAUGAAGGACAUGCAGUCCUACUAUAUAUUCGUCACCUCCUGGAUGAUGAAGAUGGAGUCUAUAUUAUCAAAAGAACCGAAACCAGACAAACUGUCUGAGGAUUUGAGCAACAGGUGUAAUAUCUUUGUGCAGGGAAUCCUGUAUGCUUACAGCAUCAGCACCAUCAUCAAGACCACUAUGAACAUGUACAUGUCCAUGCAGCGGCCCAUGACCAAGACCUCGGUGAAAGCCCUAUGCCGAUUGGUGGAGCUGUUAAAAGCUGUGGAGCACACGUUCUACCGGCGCUCUCUGGUUGUAGCAGAUUCUGUUUCUCACAUCACGCAGCAGCUGCAGUCUCAGGCUCUGGCCUCCAUCUCGACUGCUAAGAAACGCGUGAUCUCUGAUAAGAAGUACAGCGAGCAGAGGCUGGACGUGCUGUCGGCUCUGGUUCUGGCUGAGAACACUCUGAACGGGCCCAGCACCAAAGAGAGGAGGCUGAUCGUGUCUCUGGCUCUCAGUGUUGGCACUCAAAUGAAAACCUUCAAGGAUGAGGAGCUCUUGCCUUUACAGCUUGUGCUGAAAAAGCUGGACUUAAUCAGUGAAUUAAGAGAGCGGGUCAAAGUGCAAUGCGACUGCAGUUUCUUGUACUGGCAUCGUACAGUUUUUCCUAUCUAUCUGGAUGAUGUGUACGAAAAUGCUGUGGAUGCGGCCAGAAUUCAUUACAUGUUCAGUGCGCUCAGAGACUGUGUGCCCACCAUGUUGCACGCCAAACACAUGGAGUCAUGCGAUCAGCUGCUAGAGUGUUACGACUCUGAGAUCAUGGAAAUCCUCAAUGAGCACCUGCUGGACAAGCUGUGUAAGGAGAUCGAGAAGGAUCUGCGCUUGUCUGUGCACACACACCUCAAACUGGACGAUCGAAACCCUUUCAAAGUGGGCAUGAAGGAUCUGGCUCACUUUUUCUCUCUCAAGCCCAUUCGCUUCUUCAAUCGUUUCAUCGACAUCAAAGCCUAUGUGACUCACUAUCUAGACAAGACGUUUUACAACUUGACGACCGUGGCUCUUCAUGACUGGGCCACGUACAGCGAGAUGAGGAACCUCGCCACUCAGCGCUAUGGUUUGGUGAUGACCGAGGCGCAUCUCCCCAGCCAAACUCUGGAGCAGGGCCUUGACGUCCUGGAGAUCAUGAGAAACAUUCACGUCUUUGUCUCGCGCUACCUCUACAACCUAAACAACCAGAUCUUCAUUGAGAGGACCAGCAACAAUAAGCACUUAAACACCAUUAACAUCCGCCACAUCGCCAACUCCAUUCGCACUCAUGGAACCGGUAUCAUGAACACAACGGUGAACUUCACCUAUCAGUUCCUCCGCAAGAAGUUCUACAUUUUCAGUCAGUUCAUGUACGACGAGCACAUCAAAUCCAGACUCAUCAAAGACAUCCGCUUCUUCAGGGAAACCAAGGAUCAGACCGACCAGAAGUACCCCUUUGAUCGAGCAGAGAAGUUCAACCGUGGCAUCAGGAAGCUGGGUCUUACUCCGGACGGUCAGAGCUACCUGGAUCAGUUCAGACAGCUCAUCAGUCAGAUCGGAAAUGCGAUGGGUUAUGUGCGCAUGAUUCGGUCCGGAGGGCUGCACUGCUGCAGCAGCGCUAUCAGGUUUGUUCCUGAUUUAGAGGACAUUGUUAACUUUGAGGAGCUUGUGAAAGAGGAAGGCCUUUCUGAAGAGACGCAGAAAGCCGCCAGCCAACUAGACUGUGUUCUCAGCGACCUGACCAGUAACUCGGCCGAGGGAACGGAGUACUUUAAGAUGCUGGUGGGGGUUUUCGCACCAGAGUUUCGCAGCAUCAAAAACAUGCACUUGAGGAACUUCUACAUGAUCGUUCCUCCUCUGACGGUAAACUUCGUGGAACAUUCCAUCAGCUGCAAAGAAAAGCUAAACAAGAAGAACAAAGGUGGAGCUGCGUUUACAGACGACGGAUUCGCCAUGGGAGUCGCCUACAUCCUGAAGCUUCUGGACCAGUAUCAGGAGUUCGACUCGCUUCACUGGUUCCAGGCUGUGAGGGAAAAGUAUGUGAAGGAAAUGAACGCGGUGGUGAAGGAGCAAAACGUUCAGUCCACCAGCCAAGAUGAGAAGCUCAUGCAGACCAUGAACCUGACGCAGAAGAGACUGGACGUAUAUCUGCAGGAGUUCGAGCUGCUCUAUUUCUCUCUGAGCAGUGCUCGGAUCUUCUUCAGAGCUGAUAAAACGGCAGCCGAGGAGACCCAGGAGAAGAAAGACAGAGAGGAAGCUGCCAAAGCUGGUCCAGGUUCCUCAACGAUCGAGGGUCCUCCUGGGGAAAGCGGUGCCAAGUAAAGCUAGCUAGGAUCUUGAACGAUAUAAAUCACUUGAACAGCGUGGAUUAGCUCCAGAGGAGGUUAUAAACAUUGACCCUCCAGCCACCACGCUCUUCUGGAGUCUGUACAGCUGCUUAAACUCACUUUGGCGCUACGCCACCUGCACUCAUUCAACUGAACCGACUGUGGAUCGGACCAACACUUCGGUUUUACAUCACGAUUGUUUGAUGUAUCGACAAAGAUGUUCAACAGCUGUUUUGUCAAGCAUUAUGUGGUCGUGUAAUAUCAAGAAAUGUGAUUGGUAGAUUAAUGUGUCUAGUUGUUUUGGGGGGGUUUCUUAAAGGGAUAGUUCUUCCAAAAAAAGAAAAUUCUGUCAUUAAUUACUCUCCCUCAUUUUUUCCCAAACCUGUAAGACUUUCAUUCAUUAUAAGAACACAAAUUAAGAUAUUUGAUGAAAUCCAGAAGCUAUGAGGCCCCUCAUAGACAGCAACAAGAUGAACAAAGGUCUUAUGGGUUUGGAACGACAUGGGAGAGUAAUUAAUGACAAGAUUCUUUUGGUGAAAUUAAGCAAGUGUCCUAUUGAUUGUUUUGGGGUUUUUUUAUAUAUAUAUAUAAAUAAUUUAAAAUAAUUGAAUGUCAUAUUGAUUGUUAGGAACAAAUAUUUUUAUAGUAUAAACUGGCCUUUAGGAUUUUUUUUUUUUUUAGCUUAAGAAAUUUAAAAAGGAGAUUCAAAGAACUAAUAUUAUUUCACCCAAAAAUGAAGAUUUUGUCAUGUCUUUUCAAACCUGUGUGAUUUAUUUUGCAGGAUUAUAUAUCUUUCCACAUUGCUCAGAAGGAAAAUCACACAUUUUUGUGAUUACAAGAGCUAACCAUGUCAGGCUUUUCAUUUUUGGGAGAACUCUCCAUUUAAAGUUGAAUUAGAGAAAUGAUUAUAGUUUACUUGUCAAGAGUACUAAUUUACUUCACUAAUGAUUUUCUGGCCAAAACCCAUUCGGUGCCGUAUUUUUUGAUAUCUGAAAUAUGUAGACUAUAAAAUGUAGCACAGUAACAUAUUCUGUUUAGUCUAUUUGUGCUGUCUGAAAUAUAUCAGUGUCUGACAGUAAAAAACACAUGAAUUGCCCUCAAGCACUGUGAUGGAGGAAGUUGAAUUGCACUUGCCUUAAAGCUGCUGCUGUUAACAGUAUUCAUGAUCGCUCUCUACACAGCAGUUUCUUCGCGCCAAUGACGUUCCUUCUGAUUUUCUUGCCUAUACUGACCUUUUGUAAGUAAAGUGUGUGUUAACCUCAUGCCAUCUUUAUUAAAAGACCUGAAAAAAAAAGCACACGUCUGUUCACGUAAACAGGAAAAAGCGAGAGCUUCAGGAUCACUCAUGCAUUGCAGGCACACAUACAACAUGCUUGUACCGAACACCCCCUUCCCACACAGAGUCCAAACACGGGUUCAGGAAAGCCGUUCUGCUUUAUUACAAAGAAAGGGAGCUUUAAAGGUGGUCAGAAAAUACAAGAUUGGUCUGUUUUUCGUACUAUGGGUUUUCCCUUUCCUACGAAAUGCUUCUAUUCAAAUAGCUGCAGCUGAAAUGUCUCCACCCCCUUGUUUUGUUUAGUUUUUUUCUCAAUACAGAUGUCCUCGCUCUGGCCUUCCGUGUCGCCUUUAUUCGUUAAGUUGAAUUGGUCUUUAAGUGCACAGGGUAACAAACGUGAUCCCCCGUCUGGCAGCUCAACAUACUGUUCACUAAUUUUUUUUGUCUUUUUGCGGUUUGUUUUUUUUUUUUUUUGCUUCUACCACAUAAUGCCAUAUCUGUUCACCUCCUAAAAACGAGGUCAAGCAUAGGUACUUCUUCCAAAAUAGACGCCAUGUAUAUAUAUAUAUAGAUACAUCUAUCUAUAUAUAUCAUAUAUAUACACAUUCAUACAUACAUAUCUUUAUUCAUGUGAUGUCAAAAAAUUAAAAAAAUGUACACGUUUAUUACAAAAUCGUAACAAAGACUGAAAAGGGUUCGUAUUCAUUCUGGAACAAUGUUUCUCGGUAAGCUCACAACCGCCUGGUCCACGGGUUGUGCCCAACAACGGUCACUGAAACAGUCUGAUUGGGAUUUAUUGACGCUAAGCAGAAAACACCUCACCGGAUGAGCAAAAGAAACGGGAAAUGAAAGAAAACGGGGGGAGGGGGGGGGAAACGAAAAAAAGCACCUCCUUGAUGUUAAUGACAGGGCCACGCGUCCUUCCAGACGACGACGGGAGCGCAGCGAGUUUUCCCACAUUUAAAAAAAAAAAGCAGAAAACAAUUUUUGUGUUCUUUUAUUACUAAAUAGUGCAACAAUGAACAUUGCAUUUUCUUUUGCCCUUGUGUAUUCACAUGUAUUGGAUUUGUCUUUGUGUCUGUCCUGUUUGUUAGAGCAGCGCGCUUCGGAAAACAAAGCGCGGACUGCGUUUUUUUUUUCUCUUGAAUACCAAUGGAUGUGUUUGUGUGCUGUACUGCAACUUCAAAGACUCCAGGCAAACACCAAAAGGGGCUUUCCCUCAGAGGAGUAAACAAAACAUUGACCCUGCUCGAAAUGAAAUGGAGGGAGAAGAAGGAACAAAAAAAAAAAAAAAAAAAAAAAAAAAACGUAAGAGGGGAAUUUAAAAA